UUCCCAACACUGAUCAGCAGUACACUCACUUGCAGUCAGAAGAGGACUCACAGGUUACACACACGAGCUUCUGAUCGAGGACAGCAGUGGAAAUGAAGGGGUAUUUGGGCUUUUUUCUGCUGAUCGCUGCCCUCACAGCCUACAUGUGGAGAGAUACGUUUGAUCCAGAGUCUGUUCGGGGGGCCCGAGUGCUGAUCACAGGGGCCAGUUCAGGGAUUGGGGAGCAGAUGGCCUACCAUUAUGCAAAGUUUGGAGCUCAGAUCGUCAUCACUGCCAGACGAGAAAAUGCUUUAAAAACGGUGGUGCAGAAGUGUGUGAAACUGGGCGCUCAGAAGGCGAUGUAUGUGACCGGAGACAUGUCUGUCCACGCCGACCCUGAGAGAGUCUUCAAAUACGCUGUGGAAAAACUGGGGGGGCUGGACUUUCUAGUGCUGAAUCAUGUUGGAGAAGUCAAUAUUGAACUCUGGAAUGGAGACGCAGAUUUUGUGAGGUCUCUCAUGCAGGUGAAUUUUGUGAGUUUUCUGCAAAUGGCCGGAGCAGCUCUUCCUGUUCUGGAAAAGUCUGGUGGAUCCAUCAUUAUAGUGUCUUCUUUGGCAGGUAAGGUGGCGAGUCCGUUUGUGGCUCCAUAUGCCUCGACCAAGUUUGCUUUGAAUGGAUUCUUUGGAGCGUUGCAGAAUGAACUGGCAAUCAAGAAGAGCAACGUUUCCAUUUCCAUCUUGAUCAUCGGACUGGUCGACACAGAAGCAGCAAUGAAUAAGAUCAAAGGAUUCAGCACGAUGACUGCCUAUCCUGCCAUUGAAGCUGCUCUGAACAUCAUCAAAGCUGGGGCGACCCGUCAGAGAGAGGCCUACUACCCCUGGUUCCACUACUUCACCUGCCUGAUCAAUAACAUCUUCCCCUUCGGGAAGGAUAUUCUGCUAUUAAGCCUAGAAUAAGGACUAAAACAGCUGCAUAGUUCAGACAAUAAAGCAACUGUAUGUAAGGUUUUUACCUUGAAAUAUUAAAAUCAUUCCAAACGUCUGUGAUGAGAAUGUGUAAGUUGGUUUAGCAGAUCAGAAAAGGCUGAUCGCUUUCCACAGCAACAAAUGCAUGUGUACAGCUAUCCUCUGUAUUAGGACAGUGAUAUAUUUAUCACACUGAAGUCCUCUCUAAACGCUAGGAAGCGCCAAAGUCACAAAAAUCCAUAAAACUACACAUAGUUGCUUUUACAAACAGGAUUUUCAUUAUUUCCUAAGAACAUAUGCAUUGUGAUGAAUGAAUGUUUUAUGUGCACUUCAGCCAAUUUUUACAUUUUAGAAAUUAAAAGUAAAAGCAGGUCACCGUAAUUUUUCAUCAAUAGUUUUUAUGAAUUUAAAUAUUAUAUUUAUACCCCAUUACAAAGCCACAUGUGUAAGACAAGCCAUCAAAACAUUGUAAACAUUACAAACACACAAUCAAUUCAUUAUAAAUCCCA